AUGAGAGCCACCCGCCAUCGGGGGAGCCAAGGGCUCACAGACACCUUCAACAUGGACACCAGGAAGCCCCGCGUCAUCCCCGGCUCCCGGGAUGCCUUCUUCGGCUACACGGUGCAGCAGCAUGAAAUCAGCGGCAAGAAGUGGUUGGUCGUCGGGGCUCCGUUGGAAACCAGCGGCCACCAGAAGACGGGAGACGUGUACAAGUGUCCGGUGACCCAGGGGAACUGCACCAAGCUCAACCUGGGAAGGGUCACCCUGUCCAACGUGUCCGAGAGGAAGGACAACAUGCGUCUCGGCCUGAGCCUGGCCACCAACCCCAAGGACAACAGCUUCCUGGCCUGCAGCCCGCUCUGGUCUCACGAGUGUGGGAGUUCCUACUACACCACAGGGAUGUGUUCACGAGUCAACUCCAACUUCAGGUUCUCCAAGACCGUGGCCCCAGCUCUCCAAAGGUGCCAGACCUACAUGGACAUCGUCAUCGUCCUGGACGGCUCCAACAGCAUCUACCCCUGGGUGGAGGUCCAGCACUUCCUCAUCAACAUCCUGAAGAAGUUUUACAUCGGCCCUGGGCAGAUCCAGGUUGGAGUUGUUCAGUACGGAGAAGACGUGGUACAUGAAUUUCACCUCAACGACUACAGGUCCGUAAAGGAUGUGGUGGAAGCUGCCAGCCACAUUGAGCAGAGAGGAGGAACAGAGACCCGCACAGCAUUUGGCAUUGAAUUUGCUCGCUCGGAGGCUUUCCAGAAGGGCGGCAGGAAAGGGGCCAAGAAGGUGAUGAUUGUCAUCACAGACGGGGAGUCCCACGACAGCCCGGACCUGGAGAGGGUGAUCCAGCAGAGCGAGAGGGACAACGUGACCAGAUAUGCCGUGGCCGUCCUGGGCUACUACAACCGCAGGGGGAUCAACCCGGAAGCUUUCCUCAACGAGAUCAAAUACAUCGCCAGUGACCCGGAUGACAAGCACUUCUUCAACGUGACUGACGAGGCGGCCCUGAAGGACAUCGUCGAUGCCCUAGGGGACCGGAUCUUCAGCUUGGAGGGCACCAACAAGAACGAAACCUCCUUCGGGCUGGAGAUGUCACAGACAGGCUUCUCCUCUCACGUGGUAGAGGAUGGGGUUCUGCUGGGAGCCGUUGGCGCCUAUGACUGGAACGGAGCUGUGCUCAAGGAGACCAGCGGCGGGAAGGUCAUUCCUCUCCGUGAGUCCUACCUGAAGGAGUUCCCUGAGGAGCUCAAGAACCACGGCGCGUACCUAGGGUACACGGUCACGUCGGUCGUGUCCUCCGGGCAGGGGCGGGUGUACGUGGCCGGAGCCCCCCGGUUCAACCACACAGGCAAAGCCAUCCUGUUCACCAUGCACAACAACCGGAGUCUCACCAUCCACCAGGCCCUGCGGGGCGAGCAGAACUGGUUUGUUUACAAUGGAACGCUGAAGGAUUCCCACAGUUACCAGAACGCCCGAUUCGGCUCCUCUGUCGCCUCGGUCCGGGACCUCAACCAGGACUCCUACAACGACGUGGUGGUGGGAGCCCCCCUGGAGGACCACCACAGAGGAGUCAUCUACAUCUUCCAUGGCUUCCAAGGCAGCAUCCUUAAGACGCCAAAGCAGAGAAUCGCCGCCUCCAAGCUGGCUCCAGGCCUCCAGUACUUCGGCUGCAGCCUCCACGGGCAGCUGGACCUCGACGAGGACGGGCUGGUGGACCUGGCGGUGGGCGCCCUCGGCAACGCUGUGAUUUUGUGGUCCCGCCCUGUGGUUCAGAUCAACGCCAGCCUCCGCUUUGAGCCUUCCAAGAUCAACAUCUUUCACAGGGAUUGCAAACGCAACGGCAGAGACGCCACCUGCCUGGCCGCCUUCCUCUGCUUCACGCCCGUCUUCCUGGCGCCCCACUUCCGAACGGCAACAGUGGGCAUCAGGUAUAACGCCACCAUGGAUGAGAGGCGGUACACGCCGCGGGCCCACCUGGAUGAGGGCGGGGACCGAUAUACCAACAGGGCUGCCCUGCUCUUCUCUGGCCAUGAACACUGUGAGCGGAUCACCUUCCAUGUCCUGGACACUGCUGACUACAUAAAGCCAGUGACCUUCUCGGUUGAGUAUUCCCUGGAGGACCCUGACUACGGCCCCAUGCUGGACGACGGCUGGCCCACUACCCUCAGAGUCUCGGUGCCCUUCUGGAAUGGCUGCAACGAGGAUGAGCACUGUGUCCCUGACCUCCUGCUGGAUGCCCGCAGUGACCUGCCCACAGCCAUGGAGUACUGCCAGAGGGUGCUGAGGAAGCCUGCCCAGGACUGCUCUGCGUACACACUGUCCUUCGAUACCACAGUCUUCAUCAUAGAGAGCACACGGCGGCGGGUGGCGGUGGAGGCCUCACUGGAGAACAAGGGUGAGAACGCCUACAGUACCGUCCUCAAUAUCUCUCAGUCAGCAAACCUGCAGUUUGCCAGCUUGAUCCAGAAGGACGACUCGGACGGCAGCAUUGAGUGUGUGAGCGAGGAGCGGAGGCUCUGCAAGAAAGUCUGCAACGUCAGCUACCCAUUCUUCCGGGCCACGGCCAAGAAACUUCUGCGGAACAGUCGGAGGUCGGACUUCCUGCCGUUUAGUCGCCUGGAGUUAGAAACGAAGGAGGAGGCAGCCGGGCACCCUCAGCUGCCCUACCCCAAGACGGCUCAGGAGGGACAGUUCAAGGGCGUCAUCUCCCCCAGCGAGGAGAGCACAGAGGCGGUCGUGGCCACACUGGAACGAUCCUUCCAAAUCCCAGCCAAAGCCUUUCUCUGCCCCCGGGCUGGCCCAGAUGUGCUGCGCCCACCAAGACGGCAGGAAAAGCCAAGCGACAGUGACGAGGAGGACAGCACCAAGGGAGACAACACGGCCCUCCUGCGCUUCCACCUCAAGUACGAGGCUGACGUCCUCUUCACCAGGAGCAGCAGCCUGAGCCACUACGAGGUCAAGCCCAGCAGCUCGCUGGAAAGACACCACGGCCUCGGGCCUCCCUUCAGCUGUGUCUUCACGAUCCAGAACUUGGGCUUGUUCCCCAUCCACGGAGUGAUGAUGAAGGUCACGGUUCCCAUCGCCACCAGGGGCGGCAACCGCCUACUGAUGCUGAGGGACUUCCUCAUGGACCAGGCGAACACGUCCUGUAACAUCUGGGGGAACAGCACUGAGUAUCGGCUUGCCCCAACGGAGGAAGACAUGAGUCGUGCCCCGCAGCUGAAUCACAGCAACUCUGACGUCGUCUCCAUCAACUGCAACGUGAGGCUGGCCCCCAACCAGGAGGUCAGUUUCCACCUGCUGGGGAACCUGUGGCUGAGGUCCCUGAAGGCACUCAAGUACAAGCUGAUGAGAAUCACGGUCCAUGCAGCCUUGCAGAGGCAGUUCCACAGCCCUUUCAUCUUCCGCGAGGAGGAUCCCAGCCGCCAGGUCACAUUUGAGAUCUCCAAGCAAGAGGACUAUCAAGUGCCCAUCUGGAUUGUCGUGGGCAGCACCCUCGGGGGCCUCCUGCUGCUGGCCCUGAUGGUCCUGGCGCUAUGGAAGCUCGGCUUCUUCAGAAGUGCCAAGCGCAGAAGGGAGGCCAGCCUGAACCCCACCCCCACAGUGCUGGAGUGA